AUGGAUUAUUUGGUGAAAUUUAACUGGAACAUCAAAAACAUAUGGGGCUUCCCUAUCCCCCUCGCGAUAAAGGAUGACUCCUAUCUGGAAAGUUACAUUAGCACUAUCGGAGUGGAUUUUAAAAUCCGCACGGUUGAACAGGAUGGAAAAACCAUUAAACUCCAGAUUUGGGAUACUGCUGGACAAGAACGUUUUAGGACAAUCACCAGCAGUUACUAUCGUGGUGCCCAUGGCAUUAUUAUUGUUUAUGAUGUGACAGACCAGGAGAGUUUUAACAAUGUGAAGCAAUGGUUAAAUGAAAUUGACCGCUAUGCAAGUGAGAAUGUAAACAAGCUUCUAGUUGGAAACAAGUGUGACCUUACAGCACAGAAGGUUGUGUCUUACGAAACUGCUAAGUUAUCAAAGAAGAUGAUAGAAUCUGAUAUCCGGGCAUUUGCAGAUGAAAUUGGAAUUCCUUUUAUGGAAACAAGUGCAAAGAAUUCCACCAAUGUGGAACAGGCUUUCAUGGCCAUGGCUGCUGAUAUCAAAAACAGGAUGGCAAGCCAACCAGGCAUGAACAAUGCCAAGCCUCCAACAGUUAAUAUCCGAGGGCAGCCCGUAAACCAAAGGUCUGGUUGCUGCUCUACUUGA